AAUGACUGGCGGAGAUGGGAGAGUGGCGUUUUAUUCGUUGUAUUUAUGGGUGACAAUUCAUGCUGAUUAUUUAUCAGAUAUCAGAUUAUCUUCACUGUUAUUCCUGGAAGCCGUCGAGGUGGAUUAAUGCAAAAACAAGAAGAUAAAUAGAGACGCUUCCUCCUUUUCCCCGUGCAGAGGACUGGACUGCUGGCCUGACAUCAUUGGCUGGUCUCUGGGAAUGAAUCAUCAGGGAUGCUGUCACUUUCACUAUUCCCUUUAAAAACAACACCACAGACAAAAACCCAAACGUGCACAAACCAGUUCAAACCUUGCAUCUCCCUUUGAGAUAAAAAAAAAAAAAAAAAAAAAAACACGCCUGUGCUUUGGAGCCAAGCAUGGAGGAAAUCCUGCGAAAGCUGCAGAAAGACGCGUCCGGCCACAAGCACAAAGCUAUCCGGGAUGCAUGCGUCUACGCCCGGGAAACCCUGGAGUCUCAGAAUGGAUCAGCCAAGAUUUCCCCUUCACAGCUUCGAGAGCGCUGUCUGCUGCCUCUACAGAUGGCUCUGGAGUCUAAAAACACCAAACUGGGACAGACGGGGCUUACUGGGAUGCAGAAGCUCCUAUGUGAGGACAGGUUUGUGGGCGGGGUCGGCGUGGCGGUGGAGGUCCUGGAGAAGCAGCUGCUCAGCCAGAUGUUGGAGGCCAUCAGAGUCACCCCGUCCCUCCAUGAAGACCUGCAGGUGGAAGUCAUGAAGGUCCUGCUGUGUAUCACCUACUCACCAAACUUUGACAUCAAUGGAGACUCCAUCCUCCGGAUUGCUGAGGUGUGUAUCCAGACCUACGUGUCCAGCUGUCACCAGCGCAGCAUCAACACGGCGGUCCGAGCCACACUGAGCCAGAUACUGGGAGACCUGACACUGCAGCUGCGACACAGACAAGAGGGUGCAGAUGGAGACGAGGUGACUGCACCACCACUUCAUAGAAGAGAUAUUUCUCCCACCAGCCAGGCUCUGUGUGAAGAUGUGGUGACGGUUCUGACAGUUUUCUGUGAAAAACUGGAGUCAGUGGACAGUGAUAACCAGCUCCUGCAGCUCCUCUACCUGGAGUGCAUCCUCUCUAUGCUCAGCAGCUGCCCUCCCACAAUGCACCUGUCAAGAGGGUUCACCGACCUUGUAUGGAAGCAGCUGUGUCCGUCCCUCGUGGCGAUAAUGGGAAAUCCUGUCAACGACAAAACAAUCGCUUCCCACCACGGCUACAUGGCGGUGGACUCCUUUGGUGGAGGGGUGUCCGAUCAAGGCAGGGGGUCGGGCUGUUCCUCCAGCGCCCCUGCCAGGAUUGCACCGGUAGUGCGAACCGUGUGUUACAUCGCAGCAGAGCUUGUGCGUCUGGUGAGCUGCGUGGAGUCCAUGAAGCCGGUGCUGCAGUCGCUGUACCACAGGAUCCUUCUGUACCCGCCUCCUCAGCACCGCACCGAGGCCAUCCGCAUCAUGAAGGAGAUCCUGGGAAGUCCCCAGCGGCUGUACGACCUCGCCGGUCCGUGCGUGGUUGAGCCUGAAACCAGGAAGCGCUCCUUCUCAAAGAGGAAGUCUCACCUGGACCUGCUUAAACUGGUGAUGGACGGGAUGACGGAGGCCUGUAUGAAGGGAGGCAUCGAGGCGUGUUACUCCUCGGUCUCCUGUGCCUGCGCUCUCCUCGGGGCGCUGGAUGAACUGUCGCACGGCCGUGGCAUUCAAUCUGAGCAGGCUCGGCUUCUCCUCAGACGACUGGAGGAUCUGAAAGAGGGGACAGAGUCGACACGAGAGUCCAUGGAGAUCAACGAGGCCGACUUCAGGUGGCAGAGACACAUCCUGUCCUCUGAGCAGGCUCCCUGGGACCCCAGCUCUUCCUCUUCCUCCAACGUGGCCACCACCGGGGCCACCGAGCGCAGCCCUGACAUCAGCAUCAGCAUCACCACGGAAACAGGCCAAACCACUGUGGAUCUGGAGGUGGGGGAGCUUGGCGUUGGUCUGGGCCAAACCACUCCUGAGGAGUGUGGGGAGGACGCACAACUCCCCUCGCCCUCAUCCUUAGGCGGCCAGGAGGAAAGCAAACAGGAGGAGAAAAGAGGAGCUGUGGUUCCUCCAGAUGUGGUGCAGCGAAGUCACGGCCUCGUCUACCCCGACAUCACCAACUUCCUGUCUGUGGAGUCCAGGACCAGGCCGCAACACGCAACAGGGUCACGUUACAGCGAGAGCAACUUCAGUAUGGAGGAGCAGGACUUGUCGCGGACCGAGUUCGACUCGUGCGACCAGUACUCCAUGGCUGCAGAGAAGGACUCGGGCCGCUCCGACGUGUCCGACAUCGGCUCUGACAACGUCUCGCUGGCGGACGAGGAGCAGCAGACGCCUCGCGACUGCCCGGGCCACCGCUCCCUGCGCACCGCCGCCCUGUCCCUCAAGCUGCUCCGCAACCAGGAGGCCGACCAGCAUAGCGCCAGGAUCUUCGUCCAGUCACUGGCGGCGCUGCUGCCCCGGCUCCUGGGACUGCCCACCACCACAGAGGUGGACCUGUCUCUGCAGAACUUCUCCUCCACCUUCUGCACCGGACUGCAGGCUGGUGGGGUCCACUCUCCAGGUUUCGAGACAGGUGACACCCUGACCUGUCAGUCUCUGAUGAACGCAGACGGUCUCUACCUGGUGUCGUACUACGCUCUUCUGCUCAAUCUCAAACUCUGCUGCUGCGACUUCUACAGACGGCGAACGCUCGCUCCCAUCCUCAGCCUGAAGGAGUUUGUGCGUCUGAUCCAGAGCAGCGGAGUCCUCGUGGUUCUCUCUCAGACCUGGAUCGAGGAGCUCUUCCAUCAUGUGUUAGAGCGCAACCUGCUGGGCGAGGCCGGGUACUGGGGCUCACCAGAGGACCACAUGCUGCCGCUCAUCACCGUGCUGACAGAUAUUGACGGUCUGGGCAGCAGUGCGAUUGGAGGACAGAUGAUCAGGAGGGCUUCCAACCAAUCACCACUCAGCUGUGACAAGGCCAGCAGUGACACUGUGAUGGCAGGAGCCGUGUUCUCCCGCUUCAUCCUCACCGGCGUGUGGAAGAACCUGAUCGAUGUGCUGUCCACGCCGCUGACGGGUCGCAUGGCCGGCAGCUCCAAGGGCCUCGCAUUCAUCCUGGGAGCGGAGGGAGUCAAAGAGCAGAGCCAGAGGGAGAGAGACACCAUCUGUCUGAGUUUAGACGGCCUCCGUAAAGCCGCUGCGCUCAGCUGCGCUUUAGGUGUGGCUGCCAACUGCGCCUCAGCUUUGGCCCAGAUGGCCGCAGCCUCAUGUGUGCAGGAAGAGAAGGAGGAGAAGGAAGUGGGAGAGAUGGGCGACGCCAUCACACAAGUGAAGCAGCGCGUUGAACAGCGUCUGGAGCAGAUCGGUCGUCCUCAGGGAGUUCGCCUCCACACGGCUCACGUGUUGUGUAUGGACGCCAUCCUGAACGUAGGACUAGAGAUGGGCAGCCACAACCACGACUGCUGGCCACAUGUCUUCAGAGUGACUGAAUACAUCAGUUCGUUGGAGCACACCCACUUCAGCGACGGCAGCUCACAGUCGUCCUCUUUGACCACCAUCACCCAGCAGAGCCAGCAGUUUGUGGACCUGGGCAUGGAGCUGAGCUGCGAGCCCAGCCCGGAGGCCUCGGAGCUGGGCCUGAGCCAGCCGGUCAUCCAGCCUCUGUCCAUCCAGGAGCUGCUGAGGGAGAGCAGCAGAGGCCGAGGUCUGGACCUGAAGAGUGGCAGCCUGAUGACCGGGACCAGUGCUGCCAAGGCUGUGUGUACGCUGUCCACACAGGCUGACAGGUUGUUUGAAGAAGCAGCCACCAAGCUGAACCUGGUUGGUCUGGUCGGCUUCUUGCAGCAGCUCAGGAAAGCGUCUCAAUCUCAGCUGUUCGACUCUGUUACUGCAACUGGAGACUAUUCACUGGCAAUGCCAGGAGAGGCCAAGUCGACGAUGGACCGGCGCAGUGCUCUCCACCUCUUCCGUCUGGGCGAGGGCAUGCUGAGGAUCGUCAGGAACAGGAACCGACCUCUGCUCCACAUGAUGAGGGCCUGGAGCGUUGUGGCACCGCAUCUGGUGGAGGCGUCAUGUCACAAAGAGCGCCACGUGUCCCAGAAGGCCGUUUCCUUCAUCCACGAUGUUCUGACGGAGGUGCUGACGAGCUGGGCGGAGCUUCCACACUUCCACUUCAACGAGGCGCUGUUCAGGCCCUUCGAGCACAUCAUGCAGCUGGAGCUGUGCGACGAGGACGUGCAGGACCAGGUGAUAACAUCGAUAGGCGAGCUGGUGGAGAUGUGUUCUCCUCAGAUCCUGUCAGGAUGGAGGCCUCUGUUCAGCGCUCUGAGGACCGUCCACAGCAGCAAGACCGACACUAAAGACUACCUAGUGGGAGAAUACUCCAUGGGGAAGUCCCAGGCUCCAGUGUUUGAUGUCUUUGAGGCUUUCAUCAACACUGACAACAUCCAAGUUUUUGCCAACGCUGCCACUGACUACAUCAUGUGCCUCAUGAAGUUCGUCAAAGGCUUAGGAGAAGUGGACUAUAAGGAGAUUGGGGAUUGUGUCCAUGUGUCGGGUUACAGCUCCACUGACCUCUGCCUGCCCGCUCUGGACUACCUUCGAAAGUGUUCGCAGCUGCUGGCAAAGAUCUACAAGAUGCAGACCAAGCCGGUGUUCUUGGGGGCGCGGCUCGCCAGCCUGCCAAUGAGAUCACAGGAACGCUCCAUCAGCACCGAAGACGGGAUGGACUGUGUCCUGCAGGAGUUUGAUGAUGACACAGGUCUGAUCCAGGUGUGGAUUCUGUUACUGGAGCAGCUGACAGCAGCAGUGUCAAACUGUCCUCGGCAACACCAACCUCCAACCCUGGAUCUGCUCUUCACUCUGCUCAGAGAGGUCACCAUUGUGCCAGGUCCCGGGUUCGCCAUCUUCUCCGUCAUCCAGCUGUUGCUCCCUGUCAUGUCACUGUGGCUGCAGCGUAGCCAUGGCGACCACGCCUACUGGGACGUGGCGGCUUCAAACUUCAAACACGCCAUCGGCCUGUGCUGCGAGCUGGUGGUGGAGCACGUCAACAGCUUCAUACACUCAGAUAUUGGUUACGAGUCUCUGAUCAACCUGAUGUUGAAGGAUCUGUUCAAGCUUCUUGUGGCCUGUGUGUCUGAGCCUGCAGAGACCAUCUCCAGAGUCGGCUGCUCCUGCAUCAGGUAUAUUCUGGUCACAGUGGGUCCAGUGUUCACAGAAGAAAUGUGGAGGUUGGCCUGCUGUGCUCUGCAGGACGCUUUCUCUGCUACAUUAGAGCCGGUCAAGAACCUUCUUGCAUGUUUUCAUAGCGGUUCGGACAGUUUUUCUGGAGACGCCUGCGAGGUGAAGGUGGCGGCUCCGUCCCACUCUCCUUCAGCUGAGGCCGAGUACUGGAGGAUCAAAGCAAUGGCUCAGCAGGUCUUCAUGUUGGACAGCCAGUGCUCCCCAAAGACACCCAACAACAAGGAGGGCUUUGAGCACGCUCAGUCCUGCGUUCUCAUCAUCGAGCUGCCGACUGACCAGCAGUCCAACGGACACACUCAGAAGAGGAUCCCGUUCCGGACCAUUGUGGUGAGCCUGUUGUCGCACCAGGUCCUGCUCCAAAACCUCUAUGACAUCCUGCUGGAGGAGUUUGUCAAGCAGCCGGAAGGAAAUGAAAGGGUCACACCUGUGACCUCGGACCCCAGCCGGGCCACAGCAGGCUUCCUGCGCUACAUCUCCAUGACUAAUUUAGCCAUAAUCCUAGAUCUGCUGCUGGACUCUUACAGGACAGCGCGGGACUUUGACACUCGGCCGGGUCUGAAGUAUCUGCUGAUGAAGGUGUCAGGUGUCGGUGGAGCGGCUAAUCUUUACCGUCAGUCUGCCAUGAGCUUCAACCUUUACUUCCAGGCCCUGCUGUGUGCCACACUGAGCCAAGCCGACAGCAUGACCGCACAGCAGGUGAAGAGGAUGCUGUAUGAGGAAGAGGAGGGGAGCUCUGACUCUUCUCACCCUGGCUCUGCUUCCUCAGAGGAUGAAGACAUCUUUGAAGAAACAGCACAGGUCAGCCCCCCUCGCGGCCGGGACAAACGUCAUCACUGGCGAGCCCCCAUCCCAUCUCUCAGCGUGCAGCCGCUGAGCAGCGCGGACUGGGCGUGGCUGGUCAAACGCCUCUACAAGCUGUGCAUGGAUCUGUGCAACAGCUACAUCCAAAUGCACCGCGACCUGGAGAGCACGCUGGAGGAGAUGGCGCUUCAGAGAGGAGGAGGAAUAGGAGGAGGUGGAGAUCACGUCUUCUUCUUGCCUCUCUUCCAGUCCGAGACAUCCACCCCGACUUCAGCAGGCGGGCUGUCGACGAAGGGGACGCCGUCAGAGGAGGGCGGGUACAGGUCUCAGGCAGCGGACAGCUCAGCAUCACCGGGAGACACGCCCACACCCAGUCCAGGAUUCAGCUGCACAGGCAGUCUGCCCCACCACUUCCGGUGCGAUGGCGAGAGGAGGGACUCCGGGAUCAUGGCAUCCUCUGUAGGAGGAACUCCUGGCGUGGCCGGACCAGGAAGGAGAAAGGAAUGGUGGGAAAGCGCCGGGAACAAACUGUACACCAUCGCCACGGACAAAACCAUAAGCAAGCUGAUGAUGGAGUACAAACGCAGGAAACAGCAGCAGCAGAGCAGGGCCGGGUCGGGGGCAGCAGGAGGAGGAGGCGGGGAGAGGAGGGGCCCUGUGGAGCCACAAGGGCCCCUGCAGAGGCCCCAACAUCUGGUGGACCAGCAGGUCCCCCCCUUGAGGCACUCGGUCAGUGCGGGACCUGAGGUUCUAAGGCAGGAGAAGAGACCACGAUCAGGAUCCACCAUCAGCUCCCACAGCAUCUCACUGAGGGACUCUGAGGCUCAGAUACAGGCGUGGACCAACAUGGUCUUGACCUUCCUUAAUCAGGUCCUCCUCCUAUCAGACUCCUCGUUCAUGGCGCUCCAGCCGGCGCUCUACCCCUGCCUCAGCCAGCUCUCAUGCCACGUGACCGACGGCCGUGUCCGCCAGGCGCUGCGCGAGUGGCUGGGCCGCGUCGGCCGACUCUACGAAAUCAUCGCGUGACAUUGCGGAGAGGAAAAUGCAAAAAAAGUACCGGACAAAGAGCGCAGUCUGUCGGUCAGUGAAGGACGUAAACUGAUGAAAGAUGAAUUAAAUGGUUUGAUGGGGUGGUGUGACGGCGCCGCUGUGCCGUAGAUUAAUGAAGGGUUUGAUUUGCUGAUGAUGCAUUUCAAAGGCAGUCUGACAUUUUAAUGUAACAGACUGGUGGAAUGAGCUGGACUGAGUCAGGAGAACAAUGGUUGUUAGUCUCUGAUGUUAUCAUAUGGAUUAGUGGCACUUUUGAUGAACGAGGAGGACAUCAACGAACGUCAUGUGACAUUUAAGGAACAGUGUGUAGGAUUUAGUGGCAUCUAGAGGUGUGGUUGCAGAUUGCGACCAACUGAAUACCCCACAACUCAGUCUUCUCUUACCAAGACUACGGUAACUUGGGCCGCCGAUCGCAAAACCGUGGUAACGCUGUUCGCCUCUCUCAUAGGACUUCCAUACCAUAAUAACACUACUUUAGGAGCAAUGGAAGUCAGACAGCAGCUGGCGGUACCACGGUUUUCUCUCCGCGGCUCAAAUUGCCGCAAUUUCACAAGCGUUUCGUAGAAAGUUGGCGAAAGGCUUUCACUAGGUUUGGUUUGUCCGCUCUGGGCUACUGUAGAAACAUUAUGGACUCAUUUUGAGCUAACAAACACCCAACGAUUCUUAGUUUCAGGUGAUUGUAAACUUGUAAAAACAUAUUUCGGAAUAUUAUAUUCCAUUUAUGCUAAUAGAUACCCCCAAAUGCUCCACACUGGACCUCUACGUUUUUGAUUUGCAGAUGAAAGGUUGUGAUGAGAAGAAUGAAGUAUUCAGUUUGUCUAUGAAGGAUUCUUUGUGUAUCAUGGAAAUGCAACACAUUGUGUCAAAGCUUUUAAAUAUGAUAUGCUUGUCAUCAGUUUUGAAAAACUGAGUUGCUCACAAUUUUGUCACAGUAUCGUCACAAUAUCCUUCCUCCAAGGUGAUUAACUUGAUUGAGCUAUUGCUUCAUCCUAAUGUGGAUGCAGGAUCAUUUGUGCCCAUAUGCAAUGAAUUAUGAUUACUGUUUAUUAGCAUACAUUUUAAAGGGUUGCCUGUGGAGUUUUCCUGCAAACAAACACAUCUAUAUUUAUAUUCAGAGCAUUGCUCAGCUUCUACACUACUGUCGAUAACUGUGUGUUCAUUGACAUCAAAUUAGAUUCAUCUAGCCUUUAAUCUGUCCUUUUGAUGUUUCUGUUGGCCUUUAAGAAAAUGUUAUUUUUUCUUUUUUACAACCAUGGGGGAGUUUUCAACUCUGUUUUGGCCAUUAAUACUACUGGUUAUGAGAACAGUGAAUAACACUAAUAACUCAACAGAUGAUGUAAUGAGGGAAAAUAUACUUGUCUCAGAGCAUGUGAGAUCUCUAGCAUAAGAAAUAAAUCCAGCUAAAAUUAGGUCAACUUUAAAUAUUGUUAUAUUUAUUUCUUCUGAAUCAGAGAGCGAGGUCUGUUACAUACUGUAAGAGACGUGUUUUGCAUUUGAACUGAUUGUAUAUGAAAGUUUGUCGCUGCAACGCAUUUUCUAUAUCCAGCUUUAUAUACUGUGCCGUCUCAUUCAUUAUCCUCCUUCAACUGAAUGUUUGAUUGUUUAUUAUUCACUCUUAAACCUAUUUAUAUGAAUGUUUCACCAAAAUGGAGCUAUGAAGUAUUUAUUUAAACCAAA